GGGCAUUGCUCACGUAACCUCAAGCCCCUACCACCCGCGGUCAAACGGCAUGACGGAAAGAGCGGUCCAGGAGGCAAAAAAGCUUUUAAAAAAGUGCUCAUUGAAAAUGCCCGUGUUUCAAAUGGCUUUGCUUGAGUGGCGCAAUACUCCACGUGAUGAUUUGCUCCAGUCCACUGUGCAGAGGCUGAUGGGACGCCAGACUAGAACUCUGCUACCGGUGCCUACCAGCCAUUUGGAACCGAGGACCAUCCCACCGAAAGUGGUACAGGGCCGCCUUCAAGAAAUACGGCAACGACAGAGGACCUACUACAACCGCGGUAGCAGAACACUACCGCCUGUGCAGCCAGGCCAGCAGGUCACCGUAUAUGAUACAAACCAGCGGACCUGGGCGCCUGCAGUCUUCAUCAGACCGUCCGGGGAAACCUGCUCGGCCAUCGUUAAAACAGAAGACGGCCGGGAACUUCGGCGCACAAGAGAGCAUCUCCGCUUGCUAGAACCGCAACCAGAAUCAAACCAGCCAGAAGCGAGCCUUGUCCCUCCAAACGGGGCGUCCUCAACGGCCCCUACAGAACUACGGCGAAGCACAAGGCAACGAUGCGAGCCCUGUCAGUACCCUCUACCUGAGAGGCGCUAACCAGGUGUUAACUGCCCCGUAAAAAGGGAAGAUGUAGCAAGGCUCAAUAAGCGCCACGUCACUGUUUGUACCUUUAGUGCGCAUGCCUGGCGGCGGCACUAGUUGUGUAUAUAUACUCGUUCUUGUUCCGGCAAUAAAGUUGUUCAUUG